UGUGCGCAUUGCAUUACGGCCGCUCGCAGCUAAGUUCUGCAUAUUUCAAGCUUUAGUUAUGGCCGUGGGAAAGAACAAGAGAAUUUCCAAGGGAAAGAAGGGAGGAAAGAAGAAGGCAGCUGAUCCAUUUGCCAAGAAGGACUGGUAUGAUAUCAAGGCUCCUUCUGUGUUUCAAGUUAAGAAUGUGGGCAAGACCCUCGUCACUCGUACACAGGGUACCAAGAUUGCCUCAGAAGGACUGAAGCACAGAGUGUUUGAGGUCUCGUUGGCUGAUCUUCAAGGUGAUGAGGACCAUGCAUUCAGGAAGAUUAGGUUGAGAGCUGAGGAUGUUCAAGGGAAGAAUGUUCUCACAAAUUUCUGGGGGAUGGACUUCACAACUGAUAAGUUGAGGUCUUUGGUUCGCAAAUGGCAAACUUUGAUCGAAGCUCAUGUGGACGUAAAGACCACUGACUACACGUUGAGGAUGUUUUGCAUUGGGUUCACUAAGAGGCGAGCAAACCAGGUGAAGAGGACCUGUUAUGCCCAGUCGAGCCAGAUCAGACAGAUCCGCAGGAAGAUGAGGGAGAUCAUGACUAACCAUGCUACCUCCUGUGACUUGAAAGAAUUGGUGCGCAAAUUCCUCCCUGAGGUGAUUGGAAAGGAUAUUGAGAAGGCAACUUCUAGCAUCUAUCCUUUGCAAAAUGUGUUCAUUCGCAAAGUCAAGAUCUUGAAGGCUCCUAAGUUUGAUCUUGGAAAACUAAUGGAGGUUCAUGGUGACUAUUCGAGGAUAUUGGUGUGAAGGUGGACAGACCUGCGGAUGAGACGAUGGCUGAAGCUCCCCACCGAAAUCGUUGGAGCUUAAAUCUGGAAUUUCAUGAGUUGGUUUUUUUU